UAAAAUGACCUUUCUUGGAUCCAUUCAGUAGAUACAGCCACCUCGACUGAGUCAGUCCACGUCCGCAGUCUGUAUGGAGAAAGGUCGAGGCAUUUUCUCUGAAGAUUCGGGAUCACCACCUCAGCAGACCUGUGGUGAAAGCAAAUUUACAGGCCACUCAUAUCCCACAGGGAAGAUCCAGCUUGUUGGAAAUAUUUUCCAGUUCACAGUCGAUGUGAGUGAGUUUUCUCCAGAGGAUGUUAUCAUCACAUCUUCCAACAACUUGAUAGAGGUGCACGCUGAGAAGCUGGCAGAAGAUGGCACGGUCACAAACACUUUUUCUCACCAAUGCAAACUACCAUCGAGUGUGGACCCCACAUCUGUGAGCAUGAGCAUGGAGAGCAGCGGGGCCCUGACGGUCAGAGCUCACAGGAUACCUUAAUGCCCAGUGUCUCCACUCUGCAUGUCAGGUCUCAUUGCUGGACUUUAGCGACCUCUGGUGGUGGGCAAAGCAAACUAAUGCUUCAUUCAAGGACUAACAGAAAUAUGAAAAAAAACCCUUUCAACUUUACUCGAACCUCACGCCACUGAAAAUGCCUUAUAAAAAGCGUGAUUAUCUGACAACUAGUUCAGCCACAUGGUCCAGGUUUUUCCUUUCAAGGUUCACACAUUAGAUAAAUGAGAACAUAUUCAAUUUCAGUUCACAAAAUGUAAAGAAUAUAUGGGCCCAGAACACAAUGAAAUGAAACAUUGCAAGAAUAAACUUACUUAAA